CGCGCGCCGGGGCCGGCCUGGUGCGGGCGCUCUCUGCGCACAGCGCGCGGCGCUCCUGCUCCCCGGCGGACGCCCGGCCGCCCUGCAGAUAAAUGCGUCGCCUUCCUCGAGAGUGAGCGAGGGCGGGCGAGGCAGACGCAGACGCCGCCUGUGACAGUGGCAAUUCCCUGCGCCCCACAUCACAUUUGUCUGCCACAGCAGCAACAACAGAAAAGCGGAGGGAGGGAGGGAGGCGGGAGGAGGGGAGCGGAGCUCCGCAAGUCUUGGGUUCUGCGUGGAGGCUGCGUUUGGCUGGCGUCCCCGACCCCGGGCUUUUUGCACCGCAGCUCACAGUGCGCAGCGCCGGACGGCCGCAGGCGCUCCGCCGGCGACUCCGCGGCCUCGAGGCGAGCGCGCGUGGGCGAGUGGCCGCGGACACUCUGGCCUCGCUGGGGAAGGAGCGCCGCGCCCUCGCCCCCUCGCCCCGCGGGCCGGCCGAGACGACGGGAAGUUUUAUUUGCAGCUCGGAGCCCGUGGCGGAUGGUGGGACUCUCCAGCCCAGUGCAGUAAAAGAUUGAUCUCUGGGCUGGUGAACAUAAUAUCUGUCCCAGUCCGAAAAGGAGAGAGGAAAUUAGCAGAGCGAUUGGUGGAGAAUGAUAUCUGUCAAAAGAAACACUUGGAGAGCACUGAGUUUAGUAAUAGGUGACUGCCGGAAAAAAGGGAACUUUGAAUAUUGUCAAGAUCGGACUGAGAAGCACUCCACGAUGCCAGACUCACCUGUGGAUGUGAAGACCCCAUCUAGGCUGACUCCUCCCACCAUGCCACCUCCCCCUACAACUCAAGGAGCUCCGAGAACCAGUUCAUUUACACCGACGACGUUAACCAAUGGCACGAGCCAUUCACCCACAGCCUUGAAUGGCGCCCCCUCGCCGCCCAAUGGCUUUAGCAAUGGGCCUUCCUCCUCUUCCUCUUCUUCUCUGGCUAAUCAACAGCUGCCCCCAGCCUGUGGCGCCAGGCAACUCAGUAAGCUGAAACGGUUCCUUACUACCCUGCAGCAGUUUGGCAAUGACAUUUCUCCAGAGAUAGGAGAGAGAGUCCGCACGCUCGUACUAGGACUGGUGAACUCUACUUUGACAAUUGAAGAAUUUCAUUCCAAACUGCAAGAAGCUACUAACUUCCCACUGCGACCUUUUGUCAUCCCAUUUCUGAAGGCCAACUUGCCCCUGCUGCAGCGCGAGCUCCUCCACUGCGCAAGGCUGGCCAAACAGAACCCUGCCCAGUACCUCGCCCAGCAUGAACAGCUGCUUCUGGAUGCCAGCACCACCUCACCUGUUGACUCCUCAGAGCUGCUUCUCGAUGUGAACGAAAACGGGAAGAGGCGAACUCCAGACAGAACCAAAGAAAAUGGCUUUGACAGAGAGCCUUUGCACUCAGAACAUCCAAGCAAGCGACCAUGCACUAUUAGCCCAGGCCAGCGGUACAGUCCAAAUAACGGCUUGUCCUACCAGCCCAAUGGCCUGCCUCACCCCACCCCACCUCCACCUCAGCAUUACCGUUUGGAUGAUAUGGCCAUUGCCCACCACUACAGGGACUCCUAUCGACACCCCAGCCACAGGGACCUCAGGGACAGAAACAGACCUAUGGGGUUGCAUGGCACACGUCAAGAAGAAAUGAUUGAUCACAGACUAACAGACAGAGAAUGGGCAGAGGAAUGGAAACAUCUUGACCAUCUGUUAAACUGCAUAAUGGACAUGGUGGAGAAAACACGACGAUCUCUCACUGUACUAAGGCGAUGUCAGGAAGCAGACCGGGAGGAGCUGAAUUACUGGAUCCGGCGCUACAGUGACGCCGAGGACUUGAAAAAGGGUGGCGGUGGCAGCAGCAGCCACUCAAGGCAGCAGAGUCCUGUCAACCCAGACCCAGUCGCAUUAGAUGCGCAUCGGGAAUUCCUUCACAGGCCUGCUUCUGGAUACGUGCCAGAGGAGAUCUGGAAGAAAGCUGAGGAGGCGGUCAACGAGGUGAAGCGCCAGGCGAUGACCGAGCUGCAGAAGGCCGUGUCUGAGGCCGAGCGGAAAGCCCACGACAUGAUCACGACCGAGCGCGCCAAGAUGGAGCGCACGGUGGCUGAGGCCAAGCGGCAGGCGGCGGAGGACGCGCUGGCCGUCAUCAAUCAGCAGGAGGAUUCGAGCGAGAGUUGCUGGAAUUGCGGCCGCAAGGCGAGUGAGACCUGCAGCGGCUGUAACACGGCCCGGUACUGUGGCUCCUUCUGCCAGCACAAAGACUGGGAGAAACACCACCACAUCUGUGGACAGACCCUGCAGGCCCAGCAGCAGGGGGACACGCCUGCGGUCAGCUCCUCCGUCACGCCCAACAGCGGGGCCGGGAGCCCCAUGGACACACCACCAGCAGCCACCCCGAGGUCGACCACCCCGGGGACCCCUUCUACCAUAGAGACAACCCCUCGCUAGACGGGAGCUCAGAACUGUCAGAGGAACGACAACCCAACCGACACGAAACCAAUUCUUCAUCCUCAGACGCUCAACGUGGUUUUUUUUCUUUUGGUUUGUUUCUAGAUGAACUAUCCUAUUUCAGUCCUUCAGCAAGAGAGAACCUAACUGUAUCUUGAGGCAGUAGUAAAACAGAGGGCCAGUAACGGGUCGUAAUGACUUAUUGUGGAUAACAAAGAUAUCUUUUCCUUACAGAACUGAAAAGAGAGCAGAGAAUAUAACCUGAAAUGAUAGAUUUGACCUCCUCCCUGUUAUUUUCCAGUAGCUGGGAUUUUAAACUAGAUGACCUCAUUAACCGAUGCUUUACCAAACAGCAAACCAAGAGAUUGCUAAUUGCUGUUGAAAGCAAAAAUGCUAAUAUUAAAAGUCACAAUGUUCUUUAUAUACAAUAAUGGAAAAAAAAAAAGAGGAAAACCCUCAAGGGCAUGAGCAUUGGCUACAGCGGUAGACAUUUUAACAAGAAGAUGAAUGGCGUCCGUGGGUUGCUAACUGAACUUUGAAGACCCGCUACAAAACGCGCAGAUGUGUAGCAUAUUGGAAGGAGACACAGAUGUUCGGGGUUUUUUUUUCCUGUUUCUGAAAAGAAAUAAUAAUAUCCAGGUCAACAGAAUGAAAAAUGAAAGAUGAUUUGCAGUGGGAUGUAUGAAUACAGCAGCAAGAAAAAAAAAUGCCAUAGUACAAAAGGCUCCUUUAUAUAUAUAUAUAUAUAUAUAUAUAUGUGUAUAUAUAUAUAUAUAUACACACACACACACACACACACACACACACACACACACACACACAGAAGUAAGAGACUCAGCCUGCAGUUAAUUAGCAUUCUGGCAGCUUUGACAUCAGCCAGCUGCCCUAAAUAACCCUUCAACGUUUCUUCACUUUUGCAAGGUUCCACAGAGUAAGACAUUGGGUCUAUUCCAGCUCAUUCAUUUUAUAUUGAAAAAUAAUUUAAAAAAAAAAAAAAUGGUGGCUCCAGCUCCAGCCCCUUUCCAAAUUUUUCCAACCCCACCCUGUUUGGAUUUUUAAUUAAAAACUAGUAGUUCUCUUGGUGUUAAAACACUUCUGUCCUGUGAGGUUUCCCAAUGGUGUUUUUCUUGUAAAUGUGUUGGACAAAGUGAAGAUGCAUUGUAGUUUAACCAUAUGCCCACAUUUAGUCUCUUUAUUCCUAGUUGGUGAGAAACCUGUAUCUUUCUAUGCUGCUUUUAUAUCUGUAUGUAUUAGUGAUAUUUCUCUAGUAGUUCGGAAAAAAAAAAGAAAAAAGAAAAAAAAAAGACUCUUUUUUUGGUUGUCCUCAAGAAAAGAAAAGAAAAAAAGGCUAUCUUUCGGAGCUGCUAUUUCACUCUCUUAUAGGAUUUUUUUUCCUGAAAACCAGCAUGCUUCACGGAAUGCUAACAUAUUGGUGUUUUUGUAAGAGGGAUGUACAUAAAUGUAUUUUGCACUGUCACGAGACUCCCUAGGCAUGCUUUUUUUUUUUUUGAGCAAACUCUUUUUAAAUAUGCUAGAGCCAUUUCACCAAGUUUAGCUGUAGCAUAGAGUAGUAGUGGAAUUUUCCUUUCCUUUUUUUUUUUUUUUUUUCCUUUUUUGGAAAAAUCAUUAUUAGGGACUUUUUAAAAAAAAAUAAAAUAACAAGAUAUCCUACUUAAAAAAAAAAAGACAGUGCAUGCAUAUUGCUGUAAGGUUGUUUAAGUAUUUCUAAUUUUACAAAAAAAAAAAAAAAAAAGAUAAAUCAUUAGAGCUCCAAAUGCUGAGGUGUAGACUGACAGCUUUAACACUGCUGAAUGCCAGGUUAUACAGUAUUCUUACAAAAAGGGAAGUCAGCCAAAGACUGAUCUGAUGGACCAAAAUCGGAAUUUUGAAAAGCACCAGUUCUACUUUCCAAAUGAUCAGCAGGUUAAACAUGUUCAGCAAGGUAUAGUGUGACUCCAUUAACCCUUCGUUGUCCAGGGUCCAGACCAGAACUACUUGUUAGUUUUGAAAACAGUAGCCCAGGAUGUGGUUGUGUGCUUUAGAGAAAGUCAGCAGUACUGCAGGCUGUGUAGACAACCAAAGUUUUCGAGGCUGGGAAGACGCUUCUCCACACACAUACGUACAUACGCACACCAGGCAUUUAUUUAGAAAUCGAAAACAACCCGUUGGCUUUGUUUUGGCUCUUCUCCCUUUUUCUUUUCAUGUUGUCCUUGGAUACAGUUUCACGUGGCUUUUAAGUAUCUGCAUAGAGGCAAUUCUAAAUCGGUUCUCUUUGAGUCUCUUAAACCCAACAUUUUUAGCAUUUCCCCCUAUAUUUUCGUAUACAGGUGGGUUUUACUUUUGUUUGGGUGGUAUUUUUUUUUUUAAUGGCUUUUUAGUUUAGCAAGUUUUGAUGAGCAAAUAAAUGCAUCUAUCUGCAUGUUGGAGGUCCAUCUGCCAGCACACCUGCUAAAAGCGAAAUGAAAGCACAUAACCAGGCUCUGAAUGGGUUCUAUUUUAUCAUGGUGCUCCCAGAAUCCUUUGACCUCACUCUGCUUUCUAGUCUGCUUGUGA